GAUGGCGAGCGCCUGGUGGCUGGGCCUGCACCCAUGAGGCUCGGAUAAGCAGAAGAAGAUGGAUGGAUGGAUAGAUGGAAAAUGCAUAUUUCAGGAUACUACUCUGUAGUGAGUUCGCUAAUAUGCCCUUAAAGUUGGGGAUUUCCUCUUAAAACCGCUCACAGGUUACGAGACAAAAUAACCGAGUAAAUGUGAAGUGCUAACUAGCGAGCAAGUUGUAACACAGGUGUGUGUGUUAGCUGCUAGCUGAACAUGUAAGCUAACAGUCGAGCAUCAGAGACCCGCAAAAAUGUUGGAAAUUCAAGGUCAGGAUAACCUGCAGAGAGGGGCUUCCCCAGCCGUCUGCCAAACAGCAGUCUGUGAGGUCUCUGACUCGGACCUGUCCUGCCAGCUAGUCACUCCUGGGCAGUCCUGGGUCAGUUUAAUCAAGUUUCACAGGAACCAGCAGGAAUCGGUUACAGUUACAAGGUAGUAAAUAAAUUAAAGAUGCCCACAAAAAAGAAAAAAACAAGACCGAGUGCAGAGGAGGAAACCAAAGAUGUAGAUGACGACGACUCAGAGGAUCAGGAACCUAAGCCUAAGAAGAAGGGUAAGCAGGUGAGUGAGUCAGAGGAUGCUAGAAGAUUGAAGAAGAAGAAGAAGUCUAAAGACAGCGAUGAAGACGGAUACAAUUCUGACACAUCGGGGCCUGAUGUGAGGAACACCAAGAACAAAGGGAAGGAUAAAGAAAAGGUCAAAAAGAAGAAGAAGAAAGCCACAGAGGAAAGCGAGGAUGAGGUGAGCAACAAGUCCCAAAGCUCAGAUAAUGAGGACAACAACAAUGACUCCUGGAGUAAAAAGAGAGGAGACAAACUCCCUGAUGUGAUUGAGACUACAAAGAAAGGAUUAAAAAAGUCCUCGGCCACAGAAAAGAUGGGGUCAAAAAAUAAAAAGUCCAAAGAUGAAGACAAAAAAUCCAAGAAGGACUCAGAGAAGGAGGAAGAACAGGCAGCUGGGGAUGAAGAGGAAGGGAAGAAGAAAAAGAAAGAAAAGAAGAAAAAAGGCUCAGAUAAGGGAGACAGUGAUGAGGACAACAAGAAGACAAAAGGGAAGAAGAAGAAGGUUGAAAACUAUGUUGAAAUCUAUGAGAAUGAACUUCGCACCUACGAGCCAGAUAAGGUGGAGAACUAUGAGGAUGAGUACCACAAAAAGAAAGUGUAUGAGGUUGUGACCAUCACUGGUGAUGAGAGAGGAGCAGGAACUGAUGCCAACGUGUUUGUGACUUUGUUUGGAGAAUAUGGCAUCACUCCCAAAGUUCACUUGGCUAGCAACACUGAAAAGAGGAGCCGCACAGCUUUUGAAAGGGCUAAAACAGAUGUGUUCAGGAUCAGAACUCACAACGUUGGACCUUUGAAGAAGAUAAGGAUUGAGCAUGACAACACCGGCAUGAACGCCAGCUGGUUCUUGGACAGGGUGGUGGUGACAGAUGUGAUCAGGCCUCACCUGAGGUUCUACUUUGCAUGUAACAACUGGCUCAGUAAGGUGGAGGGAGAUGGCCUAUUUGUCAGAGACCUGCUGGGUAGCAUGGAUCCCAUGGACAUGCCCAAAUAUAAUAAAUAUGCAGUGUCUGUUUUCACUGCUGAUAUAAAAGGCAGUGGGACAGAUGCCGACGUCUUCAUCAAUAUCUUUGGAGAGUUUGGAGACACAGGUGAGAGGCGACUUGACAAUGACAAGAAUAACUUUGAAAAGGGCUCAGAGGACAAGUUCACAAUCGAGGCACCGAACUUGGGCAAAGUGAGGAAGAUCACCAUCGGUCAUAAUAACAAAGGCUCUUCAGCGGGGUGGUUCGUAGACAAGGUAAUCGUUGAUGAUAUGGGAAACAAAAUAGUGUAUGAGUUUCCAAUCAGUCGCUGGUUUGCCCUGGAUGAGGAUGAUGGAAAAAUCCAGAGAGACAUCUUAGUAGGAGGCAGUCAGCCCACAGGCAUUGUGUACAACGUCCAGGUUGUGACAGGAAACAUCCGGGGUGCAGGGACCAACUCCAAAAUCCACAUUGUGAUGCACGGCACGAAAGGGAUUAAAAACAGUGGCAAGGUGUUUUUGGAGGGAGGAAAGUUUGAGCGAGGCCUGACAGACAUUUUUAAUGUUGAGAUCGCUGCACUCCUCAGUCCACUCAGCAGAGUCACUGUUGGACAUGACAACGAUGGAGUUAGUGCUGGGUGGUUCUGCGAGAAGGUGGUGGUGUACUGUCCUUUCACAGGGAUAGAGCAGACCUUCCCGUGCAGUAAAUGGCUGGAUGAGAAGGAGGGAGAUGGGCUUAUAGAGAGAGAGCUCUAUGAGAUGGUCUCACUCAGGCAGAAAAGACAAAAGAAGCACCCCUGGUCUUUGUGGAUCUGGACGUCAGACCUGGCUGGUGCAGGAACUGAUGCAGAUGUCUCCUUCCAGGUUUAUGGAGUCAAGGGCAAGAGUGAUGAAAUCAAACUGGACAACAAGACAGACAACUUUGAACAAGGACAGGUGGAUAGGUUUAUGGUUGAGCUGCCUGAUUUAGGGACCUUGACCAAAUUUCGUAUCUGGCAUGAGAAGAGGAAUCCUUUUGCAGGAUGGCAUCUGAGUAAGGCAACUCUGAUGAAGACUCUAACAAAGGAGAAGUAUACUUUUCCUUGUGAACGCUGGCUGGACACAAAUGAAGAUGAUAAUGAGGUUGUGAGGGAGCUGACUUCCACAGGAGAUCUGGUUCCUGAGCCGCUUCCUUUGAUCAAAUACAGAGUGACAGUUUGCACCGGGACCGUCGGUGGCAGCGGCACAGAUGCUUCUGUUUUUCUUAACCUCAUUGGAGACCUGGGAGACACUGGAGAUCGUCAGCUAGUCAACUGCAAAAACAACGUCAACAAGUUUGAGAAAGGAAACCUGGACGAGUUUAUAAUAGAGGCUGUAACGAUCGGGCAGGUCCGCAGGGUGAGGAUUGGACAUGACGGCAGAGGUGGAGGCUGCGGCUGGUUUCUUGAUAAAGUGAUUGUAAGAGAGGAGGGACAGGCUGAGGCCCAUGCUGUGGAGUUUCCAUGCAACAGGUGGCUGGACCGCAAUGAGGAUGACGGACAGAUUGUCAGAGAGUUGGUGCCGUUUGCAGAUGGACAACGGCUGUACAAUAUUGGCUACCACAUUGCAGUAAAGACAGGAGAUAUUCCGGGGGGCAGCUCAGACUCCAACGUGUUUGUCAAGCUGUAUGGAGACAAAGGAAACACCAGUAAGAUGUCGCUGGUGGUCUCUGACAACAACCUGGGGAACUACUUUGAGACGGGUCGAGUUGACAUCUUCACAGUGGAAACCUUUGAUAUUGGACAGAUAAACCGUCUGAUGAUUGGCCACUCAAAUGAAGGCAUGCGUGCAGGCUGGUUCUUGGACAGCGUUCAGAUUGUGGUUCCAGUCCAUGGAAGUCAUUACAUGUUCCCUAGUCACCGCUGGCUGGACGAAGAUGAAGCUGACGGCAAGACAGAGGUGGAGCUUUACCCCAGUGAGAUCCUGGAGAUGGAACAAUUGAUCAACUAUGAGGUUACAGUAGUAACUGGAGAUGUGACGUUUGCUGGCACCAAUGCCAAAGUGUUCAUCCAAAUCUACGGGGAUAAGGGGAAGACAGAGGUCAUCAGGCUAGAGAGCAGGUCCAACAACUUUGAAAGGGACACCACAGAAAUUUUCAAGGUGGAGGCCAAAGACGUGGGCAAGGUCUUCAAGAUCCGCAUUGGUCACGAUGGCUCAGGGAUCGGAUCUGGUUGGUUCUUAGAGACAGUGGACGUCAAACGUCUGAUCAUGGCCAUGGUGCCUAAGGAGAAGAAAAAGGAGGAUAAGAAGAAGAAGAAAAAGAAGAAGAAGGAUGAGGAAGAUGAAGAAGAGGAGGGAGGAGAGGAGAUGCAGGAAGUGGUGCUGACUUAUCAUUUCCCUUGCUCGCGCUGGCUUGCCGGAGGAGAGGAGGAUGGAGAGCUGGUGGUGGAGCUGCUGCCUGAGGACGCAGAGGACCUGGAAAUCAACACCUAUGAAGUGUGCGUCUUCACUGGAGACAUGCUGGGUGCCGGGACCGACUCCAAGGUCUUCAUUAAUAUUUACGGAGAAAAUGGAGACACUGGAGAGCGCUACCUGAGGGACUCUGACAACAUCAACAAAUUUGAGCGGGGACAGGAGGAUGUUUUCACUGUUACAGCUGUUGAUUUGGGUCCUUUAAAGAAGCUACGAAUCCGGCAUGACAACACUCAGUCUAAUUCAGCCUGGUACCUGGAUCGUGUUGAGAUAGUUGACACAAAGGAUGAUACAACGUACUUUUUCCCUUGUAACCGCUGGCUGGCUGUGGAUGAAGAUGAUGGACAGAUAGCAAGAGAGCUAGUUCCUGUGGACGAGGCUUUUAUGAAGAAAGACGAGGAUGAGGAAGGGACGGGUGCCAAACUCGGCCUUGAGCAGAAAUCCAUGUCUACGACUUACACUCUCAAAAUAAAAACUGGAGAAAAGAAGUAUGCUGGGACGGAUGCCAACGUCUUUGCCAUCUUGUUUGGUGAAAAUGAUGACACAGGAAUUAUCAACCUUAAGGCUUGUAAAAACUACAAAAAUAAGUUUGAAAAGGGCAUGAUCAACGAGUUCACUGUGGAGGCAGUGGAUCUGGGGGAACUGGAGAAGCUACGGAUCGGGCAUGAUAACUCAGGUGGUUCAUCUGGGUGGUUUUUGGACUGGGUCGAGGUCGACGCGCCCUCACAGGGUCAGAGGCUGCGUUUUCCAUGUGGUCGCUGGUUAGACAAAGGAGAGGAUGAUGGUGCAAUAGUGAGGGACCUCUAUCCCGCUGAAUUACAGACUGAACUCUACACGCCAUUCGUGCCCUAUGAGAUAAAGAUAUUCACCAGUGAUGUGUUUGGCGCGGGAACAGAUGCUGAUGUGUUCAUAGUUCUGUACGGUCGUAAUGCACUGUGCACACAGCAGAAACACCUGUGUGUCAACAAGAGAGAGAGACGUCUGUACUUUGAGAGGGGAGCUGAAGACAUGUUUAUUGUUGAGCUGGAAGAUGUUGGUGAUGUUAUUGAGAAAAUCAGGAUAGGACACGACAACAGGGGCACCAACCCAGGAUGGCACCUGGACAGAGUGGAGAUCAGACGACAGCUCAGGAAAGGAAAGGGUUCAGAGACGACCAUUUUCCCAUGUGAGUGCUGGCUUGCUAAGUCUGAGGAUGAUGGGGAGACGGUGAGGGAGCUGGUCCCCUCGGAGAUCAUCACAGAGAAACUCCUCAGGGAUGGGAAGCUGAAAACCACUGAAACAGAGGUGGAGGAUGCUUUGGAAACUCACACAUACAAGGUUUCAGUGCGGACUGGUGAUAUGUACGGAGCAGGAACUGAUGCCAACGUUUUUUUCACCAUUUACGGGGACCUGGGAGACACAGGAGAGCGCAAACUGGCUAAAUCUGAGAACAACAAGAACAAGUUUGAGAGAGGAGAGGUGGACAAAUUCACUAUUGAGGCUGUAGACUUGGGCCAAGUGUUUAAGAUUCGCAUUCGUCAUGACAACUCCAUGGUUGGGGCCGAUUGGUACCUGGACCAGGUGGAGGUGCUGGAUGUGGAAACAGAGGAGGUGUAUAUGUUCCUGUGUGAGCGCUGGCUGUCAACCAAGAAAGAGGACCAACAUAUUGAUAGGACUUUCUUUGUUGCGGGGUAUGAAGGAGAAAGAAACACUGAUCCCUAUUCCAAGAAGAUUGCUCAGGCCAAACUGGGGUUGGACAGAAAUGCCAACAAGAAGAAAAAGAAGAAAAAGGUGGCAGUGGUGGAGGAGGGUCCAAUAAUCCCAUAUCACUUCACCGUAUCUACUGGGAUUGACCGUGAUGCUAUCACAUCAGCCAGAGUCUAUGUCAUCAUCAUUGGCCCUAAUGACGUGGAGACAGACCGGCUGUGGCUGGACCUGCCAGAGGGGAAGAGAGCGUUCACAGCUGGCAGUAUGGAGCACUUUGUGUGCUAUGGAACUGACGUAGGAGAGAUCAAGAGGGUGGAACUUGGCCAUAACGGUGUCACACCAGAGAGCUGCUGGUUGGUGGAUGAGCUGUCGGUUGCCGUGCCAACCAAAGGUAUCAAGUACAUCUUUCCAUGUAAGUGCUGGCUGGCUAAAGACAGAGGAGAUGGUCUGACUGCCAGGCUGUUCAAUGUGCUGGACUCCAGCACCAUCAACAUUAUCCGCAAAGUUAUUUAUUCUGCAACAGUAGUCACAGGUGAUACUCAGUAUGCAGGCACUGAUACCAACAUUUUCCUCACCGUGUUUGGAGCCAACGGGAGCACAGAGGAAAUACUGCUGCCAAAAAACGAGGACAGGUUUGAAAGAGGUCAAGAAGAUACGUUCAGUCUGGAGAUAGAUGACAUUGCUCCUUUGAAGAAGAUCAGAGUUCGGAUUGACGGCUCUGGAAGCCGGCCUGACUGGUUUCUCGACAGGAUCCUGAUGAGGAACCUGAACACAGAGGAGGUGUAUGUGUUUACGUACGAGAACUGGCUGUCAAAAACAAAAGGACCUAAAAGGACGAAGGUGUGUGAGCUGGCUGCUGUGGUGGAUGAUGAGGAGAUGGUGGAGAAAACAACCUACACUAUUCAGGUCCAGACCAGUGAUGUCGCAGGUGCUGGCACUGAUGCCAACGUGUUCAUGAUUGUGUUCGGGGAAUUCGGAGACACAGGGAUGCUGCCUCUGAAGGAGAGCACCAACAGGAACAAGUUUGAGCGUAAAAUGAAAGAUGUGUUCAGAUUCCCUGAUUUGCUCAGUCUGGGCGAGCUAUCUAAGAUCCGAGUGUGGCAUGAUAACAAAGGCCCUGCUCCUGGUUGGCAUCUGGAGUACAUUGAUGUGAGAGAUGAGACCAUGGAUCAGACCUUCAGGUUCCCCUGCGACCGCUGGCUGGCUAAAAGUGAAGAUGACGGACAGAUCAUGAGGGAGCUGGCAUGUGCCAACAACGACUCCAUAGACCUCAGUGACAAAACCAAAUAUGAAAUUGCCAUAACAACCGCAAACACCGAAGAUGCCUCCACCACAGAAAACGCCUGGAUCGUUUUAGAAGGCAGGAAAUCUCGCUCCAAAGAGUUAGUUCUGGAGAACAAGAAAAAGAAGUUUUUAAGCGGUGCCACCGACACGUUUGAGUUCUCCUCAAAGCACGUGGGGGAGAUUGCCGGCAUCUGCCUCGGCCAUGUGACAAAAGACGGGAAGAAGGUGAAGAAUGAGGCUUUCUGGCACGUCAUGGAGGUGGUAGUGACAGAAAUGGAGCUGGGAAACAAGUAUUUCUUCCACUGUGACGCAAAAAUCCUCCUGGCAGCCAAAAAGGACCAGUUCCUGACAUUUGAGUGCUACAAGUCCGUCGAGAGCUUCGCAAGUAAAGUGCGCAACCUUGUCCCCGUCAAAUAUGAGAUCAUCAUUAUCACAGGGGAUGUGAAAGGCGGCGGCACGGACUCCAGAGUAUUCAUCACCAUCUACGGCGUCAACGGUGACUCAGGCAAGCGUCAUCUACAUCAGAAAUUCCGUAACCUUUUUGAGCGAGGGCGAACUGACCGCUUCAUCCUGGAGAUGCUGGACCUUGGGGAGCUGCUGAGGGUCAAAGUGGAGCACGACAAUAAGGGCUCAAACUGUGGGUGGUUUUUAGAGUGUGUGGAGGUGACCAACACUGCCAACUCAGUGACAACCAUCUUCCAGUGUGGAAAGUGGCUGGACGAAAGUAAGGCUGAUGGGCAGACUCAGCGGGUGCUCUACCCAAGAUAUUAGGAGGAGGUCAGGAGGCACAAAGAGUGGGUGAGCAUUUCCUUAGUGAGUAUGUGGGGCAUCUGUUGAUUUUUUUUACACAAGUCUUGUCACUUCUAGUUACCAGUUUUCCCUUUUAACUUUGUGCCAACUGUUUACACUGCCCUUCCUCUAGCAUCAUUAAAAGCCAAUUUCUAUCAUCUUCAAAUAAAGUCAAAUUAGAUCUAAA